CCAUCCAUUCUAACAUGUCAUGAUAAGGCUCGUCGCAGCGUGUACGGCGCUCACAUGGUCCCGCGUACCACCGACUUCGGGGUUACGGCCGACCAAGCCUGAGCUCUCAACGAGAAGCAGCGCCUGAGAGCGAUGCUAAGGUCGUAUGUCUCUGCCUUGAUGUUGAUUGCGUGUUGUUGUCACUUCGCUAUUCGGCAAGUACGAUUUCAUGUAAUCGUCGUCAAGGCGGAAUAUAUCAUUGAUUUUUCCAAGCCUGAGCCAACAAACGUUGAAACUGUUUCAAGUCAACCCUGCGGAGUUCGCUCCAAAGGGAAGACUGCUGCAGUCUUCCACGCAGAGGGCAGCCCUACUGUCGCAGGUGCGCUCAGUCAAGAGAUGGACAUCUCGCACCGGAUCGAGGUCUGCGAUACACCUGCGCCCUCCAUCAUCGAGCUUGGCAAUUUUAUCACUGGAGGUGUCGCUUGCUAGCAACCAUGUUACUCGCAGCCAUUCUUGUCAUCAUUUCACCGGUCUCGAUCUGAAAGGCUCCCUCAGCUUCUCAAAGAGUACCAGGAAGCCUGUGAUGAUGUCAAAGUCGGCCGAUGGGAGACCGACGUCAAGAUCAUCAACAGUUCCAGUGGAU